GAAGACAGGAAGGACACUCUGAUAAACACAGUAGGAAGCCAAGGGAACCAAGUGGAUGGCCCCAUGCCACAGCAGCAAGCCGCUGGUUGUUGGAGUCCUGUUGAAAGGAGAUGAAGAUGGUGGCAUCUUACAAAUCAAGGCACGGAACAGAAACGCCAUCCUUGCUGAGCUCCUACAGGUGGCAAAUAGUCCUCCAGAAUGGGGAGAAGGAGACGCAGUUUGACCCAAGUCCAGCAUUGGGACACAGAAGCAAACAGCAGAGAUGGAGGCGAGCACAAAGCCAGACAGAGGGUCAGCUUUCUCAGCACAGCACUGAGCAGAAACCACCUGAAGCCACCCGGCCUGCUGCCAAGAGGUCUGUCUUCCAGAGGGCUUUCUCUACCCCUGCCAAAAUGCCCAAGACCCAAGAAGGAGGUAGCAAGUUGAGUCUACGGAAGUAUUUGCGCUCUGUGUCCCACUGGAAGAACCAGGAAACUGCACUCCAACCAGAGAGGGAAACUGAAGAAGCAAGCAAAAGGGAGGAUUCCGCUGUGCCGACGACUCCAUCCGCUCUGGUGACCACUCGUGACGCUCCUCUCUGGGAUGUGGCCAGUGUGUCUCUGCUGGAUCGACAGUUGGUUCUCCUGGGCAGAGACGAGGAGAGUCUGCUCCAGAGCCACGAACGAGCCGGCAGUUCUGUUUCAGAGACAAGUUCUGUGUACCCUGUACUGCGUGGCCAGCUGCGUUAUGGUGAGUAGGCGUCCGCUGAUGGAAGCUGCUUCCUUGACUCACAGGUGCCCGGAAAAAGACCCCUUCAAGAGGCUUCCUCUGGGCCACAGCUGAGCAGCGUGAAGGGCCUGCUAUGGAGGCAUCUGAGAGACCGGAAAGAGCGGAUUCAAGCCAAGACUGGACUUGCUCAAAGCAGUCACAGAGAGGUCCUGCCUGGCUCAGAGCUCCUCCUGGACUUCAGCAGUGAGAAAGAUGUCUUGAUUCGCCCGCUUCACAGCAGCCUUCUAGGAAAACGAUACUGCUUUGAGGUCCUGAGCACUGGGGGACGCCUCUGGUUUGCUUGUGCAUCUGCCAUCGAGAGGACCCGCUGGAUGGAGGACUUGCGCAGAACGGUCCAACCCAGUAAGGACAACCAUGAGCGAACGGAACACAUGCUGAGCCUUUGGGUGUACGAAGCCCGGGACUUGGCCCCCAGGAAACCCUGCUUCUGUGAGCUGCACCUGGAUGGGGCCCUAUAUGCUCGCACCACAACCAAGCAAACCGGCUCCACUGGAGCUGUCUUUUGGGGCGAGCACUUUGACCUGAGGUCUCUGCCGCCGGCUCUGGAACUACAAGUCUGCCUGGUACAGGAAGAGGAAGGGCAAAGACACAAGGGCCGUCCCAUCGCCAGCUUGGCCAUUCCCCUCAGCGACCUCGCUGCCAUGCACCAGCUGCUGGAGAAAUGGUACCCUGUGGGCAGGAGCAAGUCCAGCACGCCUGCGCUCCGUCUGCGAGGACGCUACUGCAGCGUCCACGUUCUGCCCAUAGUGCAAUACAAGGAGUUUGCAGAAUAUCUCACCUUCCACUAUCAGGAGCUGUGUGCUGUGUUGGAGCACUCUCUCAGCGCCAGGGACAAGGAAGAGCUGGCCGGUGCCCUGGUGCGCAUACUGCAGAGCACUGGCAAAGCCAAGGCCUUUCUCGUUGACUUGGGCAUUGCAGAACUUGAUCGUUUCGAUGAACGAGAAGCGCUGAUUUUCCGUGAAAACACCCUCGCCACCAAGGCUAUUGAUGAAUACAUGAAGUUGUUGGGAGAGCCGUACCUGCUGGCCACACUGAGUGAUGUUGUAGCCCACCUGUACUCCUUGAAGAACAGCUGUGAAGUGGACCCCAGCAAGUGCGGGCUGAGUGAGCUGGCUGACAACUGCGCCAACCUGCAGCGGAUUUGUGAAGAGGUCUUCCAGAGGAUUGAUAGGUCCAGCCAUGCCUUCCCAUCUGAGCUGAAUGAGGUGUUCACCGCCUGGCAAGAGGAAUGCCAGCUGAGGGGCAAGGCCAGCAUUGGCCAGCGGCUCAUCUCUGCAUCCCUCUUCUUACGUUUCCUGUGUCCAGCCAUCAUGUCGCCUAGCCUGUUUGGCCUCACUCAGGAAUACCCAGACGACGCCACUUCCCGCACCCUCAUCCUUGUGGCCAAAGUCAUCCAGAACCUGGCAAAUUUUACCAUGUUUGGGGAGAAGGAAGCCUACAUGAGUUUCAUGAAUGAAUUCCUGGAGCGCAACUCGGAUGCCAUGACAGCAUUCUUCAAGCGGGUCUCAAAUCCUAGCAACACCAUCCCCUUUGCAGAUUAUGGGGACUCCACUGACCUCACCCUGGAGUUGUCUAUCCUUCAUUCCCUCCUCUGCAACAUUUUCUGCAGCCUAGAUGAGUGCACCCAGAAGAGGCUGGACCCUCUGCCCACCAUUCUGCAUGCUAUCCAGAAAGGAACCCCUGUGCCUGUGUCUGUUCAGCUUGGCCUCAGCACAGACCAAAGAGGGACAGAAAACCAGAAGCCAGGAUUUGUGCCGCCACGGGAACUAGGCAAAUACAACCCUCUGAUCAAGAGCCACUCCAUGAGCAACAUCCAGAAGGUCCGAGGCAAGGAGGAGCCGUUGGCCACUUUCCCCCAAACUAAGAAGAGCAAAGUGCAGCGCACCCAUAGCGUUCCCACUCAGACCAAGGGCACCCGGCAUCCGCGCAAGCAAGGCAGCACAGAGCGUGUGGCUAAAGGUCGGGACAGUGGCCCCUGGCCUGGUACCUUCCACCCAUGUGGCAGCGGCAGAAAGGACUCCUGGGAGCAUUCAAAGGGUCGUCUGACUGGAUCCCUGCCCCGAAAACCCACCGUUCCCUGGCUUCAACACUCAGAAGAGGCUGUGGCAACACAAGGCAGCUUUUAUGCAGUGCAACCACUGGAACAGUACAGGAGGCAGGCAAAAGAGAUAUGGAGGGAGUUGAUCUCAGUCAAGGAGAAGCAGCGACUUUGUGAGGAGCAAAUGGAGAGACUGACUGCCCAGAAUCAAAGGCUCAUAGAAGAGCAGGCCAGGUUUCAGGAGCGAGAAGAGGCACUCAGGAAGAAGCUGGAAGACAUGGAGAGCAUCUCUGCACAGCUCAACAGCAGGCUGGCAGCUGUGGAGAGCAGCUGGAAGAAGGAUUGUGAGAAGCUUCGAGGCACUGAAGAGAGGGCCAAAGAUCUGGAGCGCUGCUUGUCCCAAAUGGAGGGUUACCACGACCAGCUUCUCCAUGCCGUCAGCCAGGUCCUGGAAUAUCAAGGGAAGUGACCCGGUUCUCUGCAGCAGUUUCUCCACGGGACCGCAACUGGGAACGAGACCUAACAUGGGUUGCUUUUCACCCCAAAAUGGAAACUUCCUAAAAGGCUGACUUCCCAGCCAGAAAAGUGAUGGCUCUUCCUAAAUUUACUGCAGGCAGUCCCUUGCUCAGCCCUCUAAGGGGGACUCUUAUGCAAACGGCUUUAGAGGAGCAUCAGUUGACAAUCUGUCCAAUAACUCUUUCAUAUCCCCCUGCAAC